CAUACAUAAAGAGGGUCUCAAAUCAAUUCUUUUAAAUAAAUCUAUUUUAUAAUGGCUAAAAGAAAAAUAGAAAUAUACAUAGAUGUCUAUACCGAAAAAGACUUUGAUUACCUACUCAAUAAUUAUAAGGAAAAUAUUAUUUGUGCACAAAUAUACUGCAGUUAUUUCGGUUAUUGCACAGCACUCGAUCAUCUUUUCUUGAAAAUAAAAUUGGAUUGGAGUGACGGACAAGCUGUUCUUUUAAGAGUUGCGGCCGAUGAAAUCGAUUCUCUAGAAAGAUUUAGGGGUCACAGUGAACCUGUGUUUUUAUUCAUUCUGAAUAGAAGAGUCUUAAAUGUAUUUCGCGGCGUUGAUUAUGUUACAUUUGGAGAAGUCGCGAAAAAAGAGAUCGAAUAUUUUAAGCAAAUGAAAGAAGGUUGCCAUAUAGAAAGACCAACGUUUGCCAUAGACGAAGCAACACCUAAUGAAAUUGAAUGGCUGAACGCCCGUAAAACGGAAAGAGAGGAAGUAAUAGCGACAACGUUAGCUCUAAAGGUCUCGCGUCAAGAAGCCCGUAAAAAACACCGCGCUGAGCUAAUGGUACCUCACUUACGGCACCUCAACUUCGUGCUGUACUGGCCACACACAACACACGCCCAUCCUGAACUCUACGAGCGAUGGGGUCCACACAAUAUAAUAAUGGUGGGUAGAGAGGAGAUACAGCUGACAAAGGAGAUGGCCGAAGACGUGUUGUACGCAGGCGACGCACCCGUCAACGAAGCCUCCAUGUACGAAUUGCUGUCAGCACCGGCACUGGCUAUUUGUUUUAGAAUAUUGGAUACUGAAAGGAAUUUCGUUGAACUGGUAAGGAAGAUUCUCUACGAAGAAAUACCUCCCAUAGAUGAAUCUAAACCAAUAUCUGAUCAACCACCGCAGAAAACGGCUUUCGAUUUGUAUAAAUCUUACAGUCUGACCAAGGAAGAGAUAUUAGAGACACGUCGAGAAGAAAGAGAUAGGAGAAAGGCACAGGCUAGGGAAAGUCGUGCGCGACGUUUAUCUGAAAUGCAGCGAAUGGCGCGCCAAGCCAUGGAAGAUACUAUUGAGGCUAGGCGUAUAGAAAGAGAGGCAAAGAAGAUUGAAAUAUUAAAAGCUGGCAAUUUAAAAGCACUUGAAGAAUUUGAACGGAGUUCAUUGGAUAUAGAAGUGGAUAUUGUCAUACCAGAGGCAUUAUCCGAUGAAGAAUUAGAAGCAAGCAGCGAGGAAGAUGACGAAGAUGAAUAUUUUCCACCGGCCGGUCUUCUAAUACCGGGUUUCUACGCUCCACCCAAUGAGAUUGCUAAAGUUAAUGGAUUAGCAGUACUAUUUCCUAAAAUUGUUCUGGAAAGUGUUACCCCCCAACCAGAGUUUCUUCCACCGCAUGUGUUAGUGUUGCUUGACAUGACGAAGAGGUACAAUGCUGUGGAGAUAUUGUCAAAGCACACGUCUGCUGUAAUACAUAUUGGGAUAUUUCAGUUGACUGAUCCUCCGUUUUCUAAUAGCUUACACGUUGCGUAUAGUGUAAAGCAGUUUGAGAGUCUUCAAUUAACCCCUAAUCUAGACAACUUAAAACUAGCAGUGAUGUUGUCGGUACAAAUCGACUUGCCUCUCUUAGGCCUUAUGGAUCUUAGUCCUUGUCAUGUAAGCCGCGAUGCGGCCGCGGGAGAGGCGGAGUGCGCAGCCAUCUUUCCUGUAGACUACGGCGAUGAUUACCCAGAAUUUGAAGACUUCGAUUUGCCUUGAAGUAUUUGUAGACUA